AACGUGCUGACAGUGAGGUCGUGUUGCCUGCGCUGGGCUUUUGAAGAGUUGGUGUGAAACUAAACAAAACACAGCAUGCUUGCUCGGGCUUUUGCAAACGGACUCUGUAACCGACUUUCAAGGGAAACCACGCGGACUGUCGGGUUGGGGGGAAAGGGGCGGCAAGACAGACAAGCUUCCACAGAGGUGGCACUCAAGAAGACCCCGCUAUAUGAUUUCCACAGGGCUCAGGGUGGUAAGAUGGUGGAGUUUGCGGGAUGGAGUAUGCCUGUGCAAUACAAAGAUAGUCACAUUAACUCACACAUGCACACACGCCAGCACUGCUCCAUCUUCGAUGUCAGUCACAUGCUGCAGACUAAAGUCUAUGGUAGAGACAGAGUGAAGUUUAUAGAGUCUUUGAUUGUUGGAGACAUUGCUGAACUAAAAGACAACCAGGGCACUCUGUCCCUCUUCACAAACACUAAAGGAGGAAUCAUGGAUGAUCUGAUUGUGACCAAGACAGAUCUGGAGUACCUGUAUGUUGUCUCCAAUGCUGGCUGUGCAGACAAAGACUCUGCUCAUAUGCAGGCCAUACUGCAGGAGUUUAAAUCAGCAGGUCAUGAUGUAAAUUUAGAGUUCAUGGAAGAAAGUCUCAUUGCUCUGCAGGGCCCAUCAAUGGCCCAGGUUCUGCAGAAAGGUGUGGGUGAUGACCUCAGGAAGCUGACCUUUAUGACCAGUGUUUUGACCACAGUGUUUGGCAUCCAGGGCUGCAGGGUCACACGCUGCGGAUAUACAGGGGAGGAUGGAGUUGAGAUAUCAGUACCACCUGGAGACGUUGUCUCGCUGACUGAAAAGCUGUUAGCCAAUAGUGAGGUGAAACUCGCUGGUCUCGGUGCCAGAGAUAGUCUCAGGCUGGAGGCAGGACUUUGUCUCUAUGGCAAUGACAUUGAUGAGACCACCACACCUGUGGAAGCAAGUCUUGUCUGGACUAUAGGUAAGCGCCGUCGACAGGCACUAGAUUUCCCUGGUGCUGACAUUAUUGUUCCACAAAUAAAGGCAAAGACUCAGAGAAAGAGAGUGGGACUGAUCUCCACUGGACCACCUGUCAGACAACACACACCCAUCCUGUCAACUGACGGGAGGGUUAUAGGUGAGGUCACCAGUGGAUGCCCCUCCCCCUGCCUCAAGCAAAACGUUGCCAUGGGCUAUGUGGAAGCUGGCUUCAGUAAAGUGGGCACAUCAAUCCAGGUGGAAGUGAGGAAAAAAGCAGUGCCAGCAGUGGUUAGCAAGAUGCCAUUCGUGCCCACCAAGUACUACAUGGGCCAGUAGACCUACUGAUCAUAAUCCCGUCUGCGUUUAAGAGAGGGUCUGUCGUAGAUCUGUCUGGAAGUAUUUAGCAC